AUGUAUAUGACCAGUAUUUCAGCCGGUGUGUUAACAGUAUGGCCACAGGUGUGUGACCAGUAUGACAGCAUGUUUUUGACCAGUAUGUCAGCAGGUGUGUUAACAGUAUGGCCACAGGUGUAUGACCAGUAUGGAGUUGUUUCCAGUUUAAAAUUGGUGGAACUACACGUUCCUGCUGGUGUUGCACGUGGCGCCCCCUUAUGGUUGUAUUGUGGCUAUGACUUAGAAGGUGACGACUUGUAUUCAGUGAAAUGGUACAAAGACCAUGUCGAGUUUUACCGCUUUCUUCCAAGUGACCAUCCUCCUGGUCAGAAGUACGACUUGCAAGGAGUUUAUAUGGACCUAGAAAGAUCCAAUCAAACUCACGUUUUCCUCACCGAGACAGACCUAAGAACGGAAGGCCUAUAUGAAUGUGAAGUUUCAACAGAAGCGCCCUCGUACAGUACAGUACAAGCUGAUAAAAUAUUAAAAAUAUACGUUUUGCCACAAGAACCGCCUGAUAUCGAGGGUAAUAAAUCAAGCUAUCGGAUUGGGGAAGAGGUGAACAUUACCUGUCGUUCGAAGCCAUCGAAACCUGUCGCAAACCUGACCUGGCACAUCAAAGGCAAAGAGAUAACAGCGUCUGACGUAACAACAUAUGAUAAUCUUGAACAUUUGAACGGGUUGAAAACAGCUACCGUGGGCCUAACUUUCAUUGUCACCUACAGCCAUUUCAGCUAUGGCGUCAUGUGCAUACGUUGUACAGCUUCUGUAACGCAGAAAUAUUCCACUCAUAGCAAAGAGCUUAUCAUUGGAGAGAGUAUUAAAACAGGCGAUCUCCACUCUUCAAACGUCGUAAUUCAAGACACUGCUCCACGAGUAACAGGAGAUAAAGGAAAGUACGUUGUAGGAGAUAUCGUGGACUUGAACUGUUCCUCUUCGCGGUUCACAAGGUCUCUUGAACUCUCGUGGUCAAUCAAUGGAAAACAGGCCAACACUUCAUAUCUUGUCAAAUAUCCUGCUGUCCAUCAAGAAAACGGGAUUAUUUUUUCUCAACUCGGUCUAAGAUUCAUAAUCACACAAAAGCAGCUCCAUGGCGACGGCCUUAAAAUUAGGUGUACUGCAACCGUUGCCAAGGUGAUUGACACGAGGAGUAAUGAAGUGUUCAUUGAAAGCUUUCAACAAACAUCUGGUCUUCACGUUUUGGGAAAUUUGGAAGCAGAUCUAGCCAUUGGACGGGCGAGUGAUUUUGUGCCUCCUCGGGCUUUGAUGUUAGGCCUACCUGCCAUCUGUGUUGCAAAUUCCUUCUUCAGAUUAAAGGUGAACAUCUUGUACCUUUUGUAGAAGACACUUCUGGAUUCAAGCGACCAACUCACAAGCUUCUGUAAUGUUUUUUUUAAAAAAUGUUGGUUCCUUAAUUCCAACAGACUCCCUCUUAACAAGAAAACGACGUAGGGCUGGAAAAUGUUAAUCUUAAAAAAACGAGAGACUUUUUUGAAGUAAAAUACGAAUUUUAAUCUCUACAACUGUAGAACUUUUAAAAAAUGUAGAUCACGUUGCACUCAUAUUUUGCGAUAGUGUUAGCUUCUGUUUAAAACUGAUAGUACGACAGAUACAUUGCAUUUUUGAUUUUAUAUAAAGCUACUCUAAAAUAAAACACGUGCGGUUUGUAGAACCGCGCGUGGCCCAAUGGUUAAAAUGCCAGACUAUGGAUCUACAGGUUUCCCGAUACUGCCAUAAAAAUCGCGCUUCGAACUUUGAGACCGUGGAUGCGUUAGAAUGUUGACUGGCGGUGAGUGUUGUUGACUAGCUACCUUCCCUCUAGUCUAUCAUUUCAAAAUUAUCGCAGAUAGCCCUAUAGCAGCUUUGCGUGAAUAUCUGAAAACAAAACAAAAAAAAUACUUGUUUCUGUAGCGGCAUGUUGUUAAAAAGGAAAGAACGCUUUGUCAGUUAAAAUUUUUGAGCGGAUAACAUAAAAGAUAGUUCAGAGUUUUCCUCUUUUCUUUUCCUUCUGUUAACUCUUGUUUCCACGUGAA